GGCGUCCCCGCUGGGCCGCCCCGGACUCCUCCCGCGGCGACCCGGAGCCCGGCGGGUGGAAGACGCGACGAGGCCCCUCCCCGCCCGCUGCCCGCCGCCGUCCAGCUCUCCUUCGGGCCGAGCGGGACCCGAGCCCGGCGGGCGAGCCAGCCCCGGACAUCCGUCUCCACCUAUCCGCGACGCCUCCGGUCCAGCCCGGCGCCGCGGCGCGGAGCGCACCUGACCCCGGCGGGCGGGGCGCCGGGGCGGGGCGGCGGGGCUGACGUGGCCCGCGGCAUGGAGCCGGCGUGAUUCAUCAGCGGCCGCGCCGGGGCGGCAUGGGGGCGAGCGCGGUGGCCGCCUGAGCACCCAGGGCCAGGCAGUGGCGGCGUCCCCGACCCGAUUCGCGCGCGCCCCGCGGCUGUCCGCGGCCGGGCCCCCUGGGAGGUCAAGAUGGAAGAGAUCCUGAGGAAGCUGCAGAAGGAGGCGUCCGGGAGCAAGUACAAAGCCAUCAAGGAGAGCUGCACCUGGGCCCUGGAAACUCUGGGUGGUCUGGAUACUAUUGUCAAGAUCCCUCCCCAUUUGCUGAGGGAGAAAUGCCUGCUCCCUCUCCAGUUGGCUUUGGAAUCCAAGAAUGUGAAGCUGGCCCAACACGCCUUGGCAGGGAUGCAGAAGCUUCUGGCAGAAGAGAGGUUUGUAUCCAUGGAAACAGACUCUGAUGAGAAGCAGCUGCUCAACCAGAUCCUGAAUGCCGUGAAAGUGACGCCUUCACUAAAUGAAGACCUGCAGGUGGAAGUGAUGAAGGUUUUACUGUGCAUCACCUACACCCCGACGUUUGAUCUGAAUGGGAGUGCUGUGCUGAAGAUCGCGGAGGUCUGCAUUGAGACCUACACGUGUAGCUGUCACCAGCGUAGCAUCAACACUGCCGUGCGGGCCACUCUCAGUCAGAUGCUCAGCGACUUGACCCUGCAGUUGCGACAAAGGCAGGAGAAUACGAUCAUUGAAAAUCCAGAUGUCCCACAGGAAUUCAGGAGUCAAGGAUCGACAGUGGAGUCCUUGUGUGACGACGUGGUCUCUGUGCUCGCUGUCCUGUGUGAGAAGCUGCAAGCCUCCAUAAAUGAGAGUCAGCAGCUGCAGCUUCUGUACUUGGAGUGCAUCCUGUCCGUGCUCAGCAGCUCCUCCUCCGCCAUGCACCUGCACAGGGGCUUCACAGACCUGAUCUGGAAGAACCUCUGCCCUGCUCUCAUCGUCAUCCUGGGGAAUCCCAUUCACGACAAGACCAUCACGUCUGCUCACAGCAGCAGCGCGGGUGCCAGCGUGGAGUCGGACUCCGCCGCUGCGGGCGUUUCUGACCAGGGUCGCGGCUCCGGCUGCUCCUGCACCGCGCCCGCCCUCAGCGGGCCGGUGGCUCGCACCAUCUACUACCUUGCAGCCGAGCUGGUGCGGCUGGUGGGGUCGGUGGACUCCAUGAAGCCCGUGUUGCAGUCCCUCUACCACCGAGUGCUGCUUUACCCGCCUCCCCAGCACCGCGUGGAAGCCAUCAAAGUAAUGAAGGAGAUACUUGGGAGCCCCCAGCGUCUCUGUGACUUGGCAGGACCCAGCUCUACUGAACCAGAACCCAGAAAAAGAUCGAUUUCCAAAAGGAAGUCUCACCUGGACCUUCUGAAACUCAUCAUGGACGGCAUGACCGAAGCGUGCAUCAAGGGCGGCAUCGAAGCCUGCUACGCCGCUGUGUCCUGUGUCUGCACCUUGCUCGGAGCCCUGGACGAGCUCAGCCGGGGCAAGGGCCUGAGCGACGCGCAGGUGCAGCUGCUGCUCCUGCGCCUGGAGGAGCUGAAAGAUGGAGCGGAGUCCAGCCGAGACUCCAUGGAGAUCAACGAGGCCGACUUCCGCUGGCAGCGGCGUGUGCUGUCCUCGGAACACACGCCUUGGGAGGCGGGGACCGAAAGGAGCCCUGACAUCAGCAUCAGCGUCACCACGGACACGGGCCAGACCACCUUGGAGGGGGAGCUGGGUCAGACCACACCCGAGGACCACCUGGAGCACCACAAGAGCAGCCUCAAGUCGCCCGCCAUCCAGGAGGGCAAGGAAACGCUGAGCAAAGUGUCGGAACUAGAAGCAGUGGACCAGCCGGAUGUGGUCCAGCGCAGCCACACGGUGGCCUACCCGGACAUCACCAACUUCCUGUCGGUGGACUGCAGGACCAGGUCCUACGGAUCCAGGUACAGCGAGAGCAACUUCAGCGUAGACGAGCAAGACCUUUCCAGGACGGAAUUCGAUUCCUGUGAUCAGUACUCCAUGGCGGCCGAGAAGGACUCGGGCAGGUCGGACGUGUCGGACAUCGGGUCGGACAACUGCUCGCUGGCCGACGAGGAGCAGACCCCCCGGGACUGCCUUGGCCCCCGCGCCCUGCGCACCGCCGCCCUGUCGCUGAAACUGCUCAAGACUCAGGAGGCCGACCAGCACAGCGCCAGGCUCUUCGUGCAGUCCCUGGAGGGCCUCCUGCCCCGGCUCCUGGCGCUGGCCAGCGUGGAAGAGGUGGACUCCGCCCUCCAGAACUUUGCCUCUACCUUCUGCUCAGGCAUGAUGCACUCCCCCGGCUUCGACGGGAACAGCAGCCUCAGCUUCCAGAUGCUGAUGAACGCGGACAGCCUGUACACGGCGGCGCACUGCGCCCUGCUCCUCAACCUCAAGCUCUCCCAUGGAGACUACUACAGGAAACGGCCGGCUCUGGCACCGGGCGUGAUGAAAGAGUUCCUGAAGCAGGUGCAGACGAGCGGGGUGCUGAUGGUCUUCUCCCAGGCCUGGAUCGAGGAACUCUACCAUCAGGUGCUCGACCGAAACAUGCUGGGAGAAGCUGGCUACUGGGGCAGCCCGGAGGACAACAGCCUGCCCCUCAUCACCAUGCUGACCGAUAUUGAUGGCUUAGAAAGCAGUGCCAUUGGUGGCCAGCUGAUGGCCUCAGCUUCUACAGAGUCCCCGUUCACCCAGGGCAGGAGAAUUGAUGACUCCACAGUGGCAGGUGUGGCAUUUGCUCGCUAUAUUCUGGUUGGCUGCUGGAAGAACUUGAUUGAUACUUUAUCAACCCCACUGACUGGCCGAAUGGCGGGGAGCUCCAAGGGACUGGCCUUCAUCCUGGGGGCUGAAGGCAUCAAAGAACAGAACCAAAAGGAACGGGACGCCAUCUGCAUGAGCCUUGAUGGGCUGCGGAAAGCCGCACGGCUAAGCUGUGCUCUAGGGGUUGCUGCUAACUGUGCUUCAGCCCUUGCCCAAAUGGCGGCUGCCUCCUGUGUCCAGGAAGAGAAAGAAGAAAGAGAAGUCCAAGAACCCAGUGACACUAUAGCACAAGUGAAACUAAAAGUGGAGCAGAAACUGGAGCAGAUUGGGAAGCUGCAAGGGGUGUGGCUGCACACAGCCCACGUCUUGUGCAUGGAUGCCAUCCUCAGCGUAGGCCUGGAGAUGGGAAGCCACAACCCGGACUGCUGGCCACACGUGUUCAGGGUGUGUGAGUACGUGGGCACAUUGGAGCACACCCACUUCAGCGACGCCACCUUGCAGCCCCCUGUGACCAUCAGCCAGCCCCAGAAGGUGUCCGGGAGCUCUGGGCUCCCUGGGGACCCUGAGUGUGAGGGCUCGCCGCAGGAGCAGAGCCUGGAGCCAGGGUCCUCCCUGAGCACGGCCCCCAUCGUCCAGCCCCUCUCCAUUCAAGAACUGGUCCGGGAAGGCAGCCGGGGCCGGGCCUCGGACUUCCGCGGCGGCAGCCUCAUGACCGGGAGCAGCGCUGCCAAGGUGGUGCUCAGCCUCUCCACCCAGGCCGACAGGCUCUUUGAAGACGCCACAGAGAAGUUGAACCUCAUGGCGUUGGGGGGGUUUCUUUACCAGCUGAAGAAAGCAUCACAAUCCCAGCUUUUCCAUUCCGUCACAGACACAGUCGACUACUCUCUGGCAAUGCCAGGAGAAGUGAAAUCCACUCACGACCGAAAAAGUGCCCUGCACCUGUUCCGCCUCGGGGAUGCUAUGCUGAGGAUCGUGCGCAGCAAGGCGCGGCCCCUGCUCCACGUGAUGCGCUGCUGGAGCCUCGUGGCACCCCACCUGGUGGAGGCUGCCUGCCACAAGGAAAGGCGCGUGUCGCAGAAGGCCGUCUCCUUCAUCCACGACAUCCUGACGGAGGUGCUCACGGGCUGGAGCGAGCCGCCUCACUUUCACUUCAAUGAAGCCCUCUUCCGGCCUCUGGAGCGCAUCAUGCAGCUGGAGCUGUGUGACGAGGAUGUCCAGGACCAGGUGGUCACAUCCAUUGGUGAGCUGGUGGAGGUCUGCUCCACGCACAUCCAGUCAGGCUGGAGGCCCUUGUUCAGCGCUCUGGAGACGGUGCACAGCGGGAACAAGUCCGAGGUGAAGGAGUACCUGGUUGGCGACUACUCCAUGGGCAAAGGUCAAGCUCCAGUAUUUGAUGUCUUUGAAGCAUUUCUCAACACUGACAACAUCCAGGUCUUUGCUAAUGCAGCCACCAGUUACAUCAUGUGCCUUAUGAAGUUUGUCAAAGGACUGGGGGAGGUGGACUGUAAGGAGAUCGGAGACUGUGUCCCGGGAGCAGGAGCCACAUCCACAGACCUGUGCCUGCCUGCCCUCGAUUACCUGAGGCGCUGCUCACAGUUAUUGGCCAAAAUAUACAAAAUGCCCUUGAAGCCAAUAUUCCUUAGUGGGCGACUCGCUAGCUUGCCACGUAGACUCCAGGAGCAGUCAGCAAGCAGUGAAGAUGGAAUUGAAUCAGUCCUGGCUGAUUUUGAUGACGACACUGGUCUCAUUGAAGUCUGGAUCAUCCUGCUGGAGCAGCUGACGGCAGCUGUGUCCAACUGUCCACGACAGCACCAACCACCGACCUUGGACUUACUCUUCGAGCUGUUGAGAGAUGUCACCAAAACACCUGGUCCAGGGUUUGGAAUCUACGCAGUUGUCCACCUCCUCCUUCCUGUGAUGACCCUCUGGCUCCGCCGUAGCCAUAAAGACCACUCCUACUGGGAUGUGGCCUCUGCUAAUUUCAAGCACGCCAUUGGUCUGUCCUGCGAGCUGGUGGUAGAACACAUUCAAAGCUUUCUGCACUCAGACAUCCGGUACGAGAGCAUGAUCAACACCAUGCUGAAGGACCUCUUUGAGUUGCUUGUAGCGUGCGUGGCCAAGCCCACGGAAACCAUCUCCAGAGUGGGCUGCUCCUGCAUUAGGUACGUGCUGGUGACAGCCGGCCCCGUGUUCACCGAGGAAAUGUGGCGGCUCGCCUGCUGUGCCCUGCAGGAUGCCUUCUCUGCCACCCUCAAGCCUGUGAAGGACCUGCUGGGCUGCUUCCACAGCGGCACGGAGAGCUUCAGUGGGGAAGGCUGCCAGGUGCGCGUGGCCGCCCCCUCCUCCUCCCCGAGCGCCGAGGCUGAGUACUGGCGCAUCCGAGCCAUGGCCCAGCAGGUGUUCAUGCUGGACACCCAGUGCUCACCAAAGACCCCAAACAACUUCGAUCACGCUCAGUCCUGCCAGCUCAUUAUCGAGCUGCCCCCGGAUGAGAAGCCAAACGGACACACCAAGAAAAGCGUCUCUUUCAGGGAAAUCGUGGUGAGCUUGCUGUCACAUCAAGUGCUGCUCCAGAACUUGUACGAUAUCUUGCUGGAAGAGUUUGUCAAAGGCCCCUCUCCAGGAGAGGAGAAGACGGUCCAGGCGCCGGAAGCCAAGAUGGCUGGCUUCCUCCGCUACAUCUCCAUGCAGAACUUGGCCGUCAUCUUUGACCUACUGCUGGACUCCUACCGGACGGCGCGGGAGUUCGACACCAGCCCAGGGCUCAAGUGCCUGCUGAAGAAGGUGUCUGGCAUCGGGGGUGCCGCCAACCUCUACCGCCAGUCUGCCAUGAGCUUUAACAUCUACUUCCACGCCCUGGUGUGCGCCGUGCUCACCAAUCAGGAAGCCAUCACGGCCGAGCAGGUGAAGAAGGCCCUCUUCGAAGACGACGAGCGGAGCUCGGAUUCCUCGCAGCAGUGCUCGUCGGAGGACGAGGACAUCUUCGAGGAGACGGCGCAGGUGAGCCCGCCCAGGGGCAAGGAGAAGCGCCAGUGGAGGGCGCGCAUGCCCUCGCUGAGCGUGCAGCCGGUCAGCAACGCCGACUGGGUGUGGCUGGUCAAGAGGCUGCACAAGCUGUGCAUGGAGCUGUGCAACCACUACAUCCAGAUGCACCUGGACCUGGAGAACAGCGUGGAGGAGCCCCCCGUGUUCAAGAGCGACCCCUUCUUCAUCCUGCCCUCCUUCCAGUCCGAGUCAUCCACGCCAUCCACAGGCGGCUUCUCCGGGAAGGACACGCCGUCCGAGGAUGACCGCAGCCAGCUCCGGGAGCACGCGGGCGAAUCGCUGGGCGGGCGCACGGGCAGCGGGGACGGGCUGAUGCUGCCCCCCAGCCCCAAAGUGGAGAAGAAGGACCCCAGUCGGAAGAAGGAGUGGUGGGAGAAUGCGGGCAACAAAAUCUACACCAUGGCAGCAGACAGAACCAUUGCCAAGCUGAUGACGGAGUACAAGAAGCGGAAACAGCAGCACAAUCUGGCCCCGUUCCCCAAAGAGGGCAAAGUGGAGAAGAAGGGCGAGGCGCUGGGGCCGCGCGGCCCGGACUCGCCGCUGCUGCAGCGGCCGCAGCACUUGGUGGACCAGGGCCAGAUGCGGCACUCGUUCAGCGCGGGCCCCGAGCUGCUGCGACAGGACAAGAGGCCGCGCUCGGGCUCCACGGGCAGCUCCCUGAGCAUCUCCGUGAGAGACGCCGAGGCCCAGAUCCAGGCAUGGACCAACAUGGUGCUAACAGUUCUCAACCAGAUUCAGAUCCUACCAGAUCAGACCUUCACUGCCCUCCAGCCCGCAGUGUUCCCGUGCAUCAGCCAGCUGACGUGUCACGUGACUGACAUCAGAGUCCGCCAGGCCGUCCGAGAGUGGCUCGGCAGAGUGGGCAGAGUCUAUGACAUCAUCGUGUAGGAGACUCGGAUUCUGUGCCCAAGGAAAGACAGUAGCAAGGCUUAGCAUCUGCCUGAAAGUCCACCUGGCAGCAUCUUCUGCACCACCAGCCCCACUCAGACUAGUGUCUCAGAGAGCACUGUUCCCUAAUGUUAAGAGUCUUGGUAGACAAUCCCCAACUGAUCAGCAUGGGGCUGCUCUGGGUACUAAGGUUGUGUCCAGCGGAUGCAAACCACACUCUGAUCCUGCACAUUGUUACAGAAGAGUCUACAUUCCUUGAUACAUUUCUAAUCUUGUUCUUUCCCAGUGCUUUUGCUUGCAGUGUUGUCCCCAGAUAGGUCAUUUUCAAGGACCUCCCCUCCCCCUCACUCACCUCGAAAGCACUACACUGAUCCACUUGCUCCAUCAUUUUAAAAAUAAAUGCAGCUCCUGAGGAGACAUCGGCUGAUAGGCUACCCUGAUCUGUCAACACUCAGACAUCUAGUACCAGACAUUGGAAAGUGGAGAGAGAUUUUUAUUACUUUUAUGGGUUUGGCUGGGAAGAAAACAGCAACAAAAAUAUGUAUAUUCCUCAAUGGUUAAGAUUUUCAGGUUGUACUCACAACUUCCUCCUGUAAGGUACUUUGUGCCUUUGUCUGUUCCUAAAGAAGAAAGUUCUUUCCUGAUAGGGUUUGAAGUCCAUGGCUGGGCAGCAUUUGACACAUAGUACCCAGUGUAAUUGUCAAGAGGUGGAAGAUGGACCAGCUACUCUGGCUGUCCCGUUAAUCUUUGCUCCUGCUCCUCAGGCAAGCAAGGAAAGAAAAAAUGGUGCCUUAGUUCUUUGUUGCACAGAUAUUUCUAUGCCCUAUGGUUAUCUGAGUAUAAGGUACACCAUUUAGUUUUCAAGACAGCAAAACAUUAAAAUGCAACUCAUUUUCUUGCAACCUCCCUUGGAGGAAAGGAACUCAGAGUACUCCGUCCAGUGAGCAGAUUUCUCAGGGAAAAGGGCAGGAAGAGUGGGGUAUGGAAACAGCUGAGAGGGAAUCAAGACGAGAUCAGUUUAAAUCUUAAAAUGAGAUACUAAAAUCAUAGACAGCCACGGUCAGUUAUCAAAGCUAGAAUCUCAAAUGAAAGAGAAAAGAACACUGAAAUUUAUAAAAUGAAUUUUUUCCUAUGUUUAAAACAUUUCUCCUCUCCAGCAAAGUAAAUGUAGCCUAAGUCUGAAGUCUUUAUUCAGACCAAUAUUUUAAGUAAUAUUUUAUUCCUUAGUGUUAUGAGGGAAUGAUAUCUUACUUACAAUAUAUUUUAUAUUUCUUACGUUAGAACAACAUUUGAAACUCCUCAACCAAACCCAUUUAUAUGCAUACUAGCAAAUACAGUUGGUUGUCAAGGCAUACAUAUCACAAUUUCCCAGCUGUAAAAAUGUAUUCCUAAUGGACUACAGGAAUAUCUUUCCUUAAAGAUACAGGAAAGCUUCCAGAAGCUCAUGAAAAAAUGGCAUUAAAAGAUAUGUGAGUGAAGUGACAAACAUCAAAUCUGCAGCACUGAAGUUAGAAUUUUAAAGGGACUGAAUUUUAUCUAGUGAUGCAAUUUGCCAACUCUGCCCUCUUGAGAAGUAUGUGGCCAUUAAAAGGUGACCAAUGAGAAAGAACGUCAUUAUUCAGUAUGCCAUCUAGAGAGCACCCCAGGAUCUGGGAGACUUUAAUUCCAGAAGACACCCUUGGCUUUCAUUUUCUGUCCCCGCUCAGUGAACAAUAAUUCAAGUUUAGAAAUAUCAUCAACUACUUGAUCCAGACAGACAGCGAAUUACUGGAAUAGCAAUGAGCUGCGUCCUACACUUUUGAAUUUUUACACUUUGGAAUUGAAAGUCAAGUAGAUGCUUUUUUCCAACAGAAGCCCUAAGCUGAGGUUGUUGGGUUUCUUUGUUUUUGUAGCUGCUCUGAGUUUCAGUUCUGUUCUGAGACUAAGUACUUUCACAGUGAACCGCACACACCAAGCUGCAGUGAAGUCAACCAUGAGAGCAAGUCCACAAUGCUUAUGCACAGCCACUUCUCGUAAGAUGUGAAAGUCCGAGGAAACCAGUCUGGAUGUAGGGCUGUCGUCCCAGGAGUGUGUGAAAGAACUGCCUAGACAGAAUUCACUCUCCCACAGAGUCUUUAUCAUGGACCCCAAGGAUUGCUCCUGAAAAUGAGCUUGCCCCAUACUCUCUGUCCAAUCACCGUUCUAAGACUAGUCUGAUUGUGGGUCCCGAGAAUAAAAAGGGGAGAAAGUAUACAUAGCUCUCUACCUACAGUUUCACAAGAGGUCUUGGAUACCUUCCCAUCAUAUCUUGCGUGUGGCUCACAUCGCACUGGGGCCACCUCCGUGUGCCAGAGCUACCUGACGUCUGCAUUCACAUCAAGUUUCAGCCAGCAAAGCAGUUAAGUCACAACGACUUCCCAGAGUAUUUGAAGCUUUCAAAAAGCACUCUGCUUGAUGCAAAGUAGUCUCUACCGAAGAGGACUUCCAAGUAGGACUCAUAGCAGGUGGAGAAGGGAGGGAGGUGCUUGGCCAUACUUUGCAGGCAGAUGGUCCCUUCCCAGGGCCAGAGUCCAGAACUGUUCCUGGUGCCUUUGUUUCUGCCUGUCUCCCCUUCUCUUCCAUCACACCCUUCUACCGUCUCUGAAAAUGUAAGGUAUUGUUCUCACAAUCAUUUUAGGGGCAACUUGAAAGAUCAAGGUCCAGGCAGCUUUUUGAAGCUGUAAGUCAUCCUUAGCAGGUAUCUACAAAUCUAAGCAGAACAAGACUUUACACAUUGCUCUUAGUUGCCUGCUUUUACUGCCAAAGAAGUAGCACCCUAAAGGUGGGAUUUGUCUCUCCUUUCUCGUAUCUUGAUCAAGUAUGCUUUAUGAAAGAAGCAUCUGGAAAACUCUUAAGCAUAAGGGAAUCCCAGAUCGAUCGGCCCAGCCAAAUGCACAUACCCUUUGCCAGAAUUCUCUGCCCUUAAGAAGGGCAUGAGUUUUGAUGAUAGCGAGCAGAUAAACUGUUCAUAGGAUCUUGCAUCUCCUGGUCACCCCUUGAAGAUGAGUAGGCUGCCUUUUCACACCACCUUGUUAUCUCCCUGCCCUCAUUAUGAUUUUCUAGCCUCCCUCAUAGAUGCAAAACUAGAUCUUUUACCUUUUGGGAGCUUUUUAAUGACUGACCAAUAAGAAUCCAAACUUAUGAUGCUAACAUACAACUCAGAUGAUAACACCUUAAAUCAAACAUGACAAAAAUGUUCAUAUAAUUUCAAAAGGACCUUGAAACAAAAACCUCUUGGUAUCGUGAUUUCUAGGCUUUUUCUUCUUGUUUUAGGAAGGCUCAUCAUACAGGGUCAGCUGAAAGACUCAAAUAGCCUCAACCAUAAGAACACAAUACCAUCAUAAAAUAGAUGCUCCUGGCUUUCCUGCAAACAUUAGAGUAGUGUAUACAAAGGAAGGUUUUCUUUCUCAGAAUGGGAAAUCCAUUAGUGUCAGUCCCAUCAAACUGAACAGAACAAAGACCUGUGUCUAGAACAGCAAGAGGUUACAAACAGCAGGGAGGUUGUAACAUGUGGAUCUUCACUUGCAUAUUAAUAUGUUCAGUUCUCAAAGUGACCUGGGAAACAGGCAUUAUUUUCCUCAUCUUUUAAGAUGAGGCCAUAGAUCCAGAGUGGUUAAUAAACUUGCCCAAGACAACAAGUAAAAGGCAAAGUUGGUUGCAGUAAAAGUGUUCAUGAAUUCAGAGGCCAUACUCUCUCCCUCUCUCUCUCUCUCUCUGAAACCAUACUUGAAAGGAAUUGAGGAAAGGGAGACAGUUUAAGGAAUGAGACCAUUAAAAUGGCAAUAUUUGACAUUCCAGGUCUGUCUGGAUGUUAGGAUUUUGUAAAAUAAAUUUUAAAAAGCAUUUAUAUGUAGAAAGACCAUAUAUGUGUAUAAUACAUUUUAAAAGUUGAAAAUAAAGGAAACCAAUCUAAAAUUUAAUCUUAAAGGACAUUCCAUGUUACUCUGAAAAUUUCACCAAGUUAGGUGGAAAUGGUAGAACGACAUUGUUCAUGGCUAGUUACUAAUUCAGAAAAGCAGCAGCCUGUGUCUAGAAUGGCACACAUGACUUGCAAACCUUUUUCCAAUACCAUUUAAUCAAUUCCGAAUAAAGUGCCCUGGAGCCAACAGUGCCUCUUUACUUGCUUCUCUGGGAAGGACACAGCUCUAUAUGUGUAGGUCAUUAUCCAAGUUUGGGAAUAUGCAAAGCAAAUGAUAACCACUUUUCAAAAUAUAUUCUCUGAAGAGGAAGCAAUGGGUUGAACAAGAUUAUUUAAAGAUCCAGGUACUGAGGGCAUCUGGUGAAUACCCAUAGCAACCACAUACCCUAACACCUGAGUGGUUCUACUGGUAGACAAUGCAACAGGUAGAAGAGAAGCCGGAGUCCUGCAGGAAGCGGGUAACAAAACAUGAAUAUGCUUAGGUAGCAUCUAGGUGAUCCCAGUGAAAUUUAGUGUGGCCUUACAAUACAAAAGAACAUUGAGUACUUUUUAUUGGAAAUAGAAGUUUGUUAUUGGGAGAGCCUUAUAGAAUUGGUAAAUAACUAUUUAUGCCUUUGGGGGGGGGGGAGUAUUCUCCUUGUUUACUAGUGGAGCAAUCUAGAAAACAUACUUUGGUUGGUUGGUUUGGGAAAGCCCCUUCCUCUGGCUGUGCUGUAGUGUUUGCAUUUGAUGUGAAAAUAAUAACUUUAUUAAGGUUUUGGAAUAGAACACCAUUUAGAUUUCCAAAACAAUUAUUUCAGGGAACACGGCAAAAAAAAAAAAAAAAAAAAAAAAAAAAAAAAAAAAAACCAGCCCCUGAGGCUGUCAAGCAGAAACCCAGUUGAGAACAAUGCUCAGAUUUCCUUAUAAAUGAUGGCAUCACUUAUUAAUUGAAGAAAAACCAUGACCACACCACAAGCAUCAUACAGAACCUUUUCCCUUUGUGUACAAAGGUAAAGGACUUCCUGAGAGGAGAGACUGGCUUAUCAUCUCAGUGACAAAAGUUCACUCAACUGCUGGUGAGUUCCAUCCAACUAAGACCUUUCCAUCCUGUUCAACCACCAAGAAUUGUUUGUAUUGCUAGUUACUAUCCUGAAGGUCUAACCAGUGGUUGCAUAAUAUCAUUUGUGUUUAGAACAGUCAAUCUCAACCUUUAGCACAUGAACAUCACAAGCAGGUCUUGUUGAAACAAGAAUUGCUGGGCCUAUGCUAAUUCUAGUUAAAUCAAUCUGGAAAUUGGCAUUUCUAACAAAUUCUCAGGUAAGGCCAAUGCUGAUGGUCUGAGGACCACGCUUUGAGGACCGCUGCCUUGAAAAAUUUUCCAACUGCUAUUUUAAGAUCAGCCUGACUUAUGAAGCUCUAGAGAAAAACAGAACUGACCCUCGGGCAGACAAUUUGGGACUGGUUUCCCUUCAGCAUUCCUGCUUAAUUCCCCCCCAGUCUCAGUUUUAUUAUACCAACAAUUAAUUUUUACAAGCUAGAAGACAAUGAAUGUAUAAAUUAUAUGAAAUUGUGAGAUUAAUCUAAGCCUCUCGUCUUUGUAUUUAGAAACUUUGAUUCUAUGGAUGAUCGUUUGUAUCCUGUUGACCCUUUGACUUGUACUGAAUGUGAUUUUCUAUUUCAGUAUGUUGUGUUUGAAUUUCUUCUGUCCAUGCAGUUUUAAUGAGCUGUUUCCAUGUUGGCUUCAUGACAGACUUGGCUCCUGGCUUAGAGAGUUUUCUGAGUAGUUGCUCACUUGCCAGUUGUUUCACAUCUCUCAGUGAUCACCAAAACUAAGCAUUUCAGGAAAAUCUGAAUCGUCUUUCUGAAUCUUCAUUUUUCACUUGUAGGUCUGGUGUAAAUUAGUGUUUUAAUUUCUUGUACAUCUACCAAGUGGCUUCAUAGAAAUUUGUAGAAUGAACUAACUCGCUUUUGAGCAGGUGUGCCUGUCUUGGCUUUUCAGUAAAUAUGUUGUUUUUGCCCAGAUACCCACAAUGGAGAUCACAUUCAUUAGCUCAUCUUCCAAAUGAUGAGAAAAAUAUCACAGUGACUCAGUAUGUUUUGGGAAAACAGUAAAAUCACGUUCACUCAAAUAUAAAUAGGGCUUUAAUUUAUAUAUUAACUAUUUACACAUUUAGCUUUAGAAAUUCUUUCCAUUAAAAAAAGGACCAUAGAGGGAAUGUGUCAAGAAAAAAAUAUAUGAAGUACUUUAACGUCAUCCCCAUUAAUAUAAACUAUAUUAAUUACACAUAAUUCUUAUUCAAUAAAGUUUCUCUAAAGACUUCUGCUUAAUAAAUAUCUUGACAUCAUUUAAAUUAAUGUAGACUAUCAUAUGAAUAGAAAUUCUAUUUACUAGAUUUAGUGAGAUCUGAAAGCACUUCAAAGUAUUAAUGGGAGCAAGGAUUCAGGCCCUUGCCUCUGGAUGGAAAUAAUUGAAGAAUUUAUUUCAUUUUUGUUUUCCAUAAUCAUUUUUGACAAUUAUGUGUGUAUUCAGCUAUUUUAAUAACUGAUUUUUAAAUGAAAGUUUUAAAAUCCAUCUCUAGGGAUAAUUUAUUUUCAAUUUGUUUUACCAACCAGUGCCAAAACGAGGUAGAGGAUAAUCUAAAAGCCAACCUUUUGAGCUAACACAUAAGAUAUUCUGUUUUCUCUUGAAGUGCAGGAGGCUCAUGCCCCUGACACUACCACCACCAGUUAUCAGCCAUGGCUACCUCACCAUUCUGGGCAAGCUACUCUAUUACUCCCUCUGCAGUUCUAUCAUUGGGAUCUUGUGGGAAAGACAUCUGUCAAAGAAAAAUGGGUUUCCCACUGAACAGGCAAAACUAGACAAAGAUGAAUGCUUCUGAUAUUUCUGAUUUUGUUUCACUUGCAACCAUAUGGUAGAAUAUCCAGGUAUGGCAUGACGGGGCAGGUGCCUAGAGGGAAUGGUUAUUUUUGUUUCUUGGCUUGUUUGUGUUGGGGAUGGGGAGGGGAGAGCUAAAAAUAAGAUAUUUAUUACCCUAAUCAUGCCAAAAGACUACAUUCCAGAUGCGUUCACUGCUUUUCUAGAUGGAAUAUACUCAAAUAAAUUACAUUAUGAGCAGUUUCCCUGCUACCACUUCUCAGUCAAGAUUGAAAGCCAAUGGUGGUGUGGGUUCUUUUAUUCCUUCUUGUAUUAUGCCAAAGAAUCAACUAUUUUCACUGAAAAGUAUGAAGAAAUGAAGCUUGGUAUAGCCAUAAUGAGUUGAGUCAGCAUACCAUUUUACCUGUAAAAUGCGACAUUCAUCCUUGCCACCUCAUUCACCAGGAGCCUUGAGGCACUUGUUGACUCCAAAGGCCUUGUCAAAAAACUGUAACUUUGAGUUUGCAUUUUUCUAUCAUCAGUUUUGCUGCAUUCAUUUAGAGAAACAAACAGAAAACCACCCCACUUUGUAUGUUGCUAUAACUGACUUGAUAGAGUGUCUCUUGUUCACUGUUCAGCAGGUCUCUGUAAGCAAGCUUGCGAGUGUAUUUUGUGUACAUUUUAUCUGAGGUGAAAAAUGAACAUUCUAAAGAGAAGAGAUUUUAAAAGAUAUUGUAUUUAUGUUGCUUGUGUUGUAGAAUAAACUCAAUGCAUUUUAAAAUCUGA